AUGGGCUCCACACUCCCCAACACCUACAAACGCGCCGUCUUCAAUGAACAGGGUGCAGAUCUAACCCUGGAAGAGGUCGAAUUGACUAGUCCCCAGCGUGGUGAAAUUGUGCUGAAAGUUGAAGCCUGUGGAGUCUGUCACUCGGAUCACUUUGCCCAGACAAAUCUCAUGGGAGGGGGGUUCCCCCGCGUCCCUGGCCAUGAAAUUAUAGGACGCGUUGCUGCCGUGGGUGAUGGGGAGACGUAUUGGAAAGUGGGAGACCGCGCUGGCGGUGCGUGGCAUGGGGCGCAUGAUGGAACCUGCGGAGCUUGCAAAAAGGGUUUCUUCCAGAUGUGCGACAAUGAGCAAGUCAACGGCAUUACACGGGAUGGAGGAUAUGCCGAAUAUUGUCUCAUCCGCAGCGAAGCCGCCGUCCGAAUCCCCGAGCACGUCAACGCAGCCAAAUACGCCCCCAUGCUCUGCGCAGGCGUCACGGUCUUCAACUCCAUCCGUCACAUGAAUAUUCCCGCCGGUGAAACAGUGGUCAUCCAAGGUCUCGGUGGUCUCGGUCAUCUUGCACUCCAGUAUGCGAACAAAUUCGGUUACCGUGUCGUUGCUUUGUCCCGUGACUCGCAGAAGGAAGCAUUUGCGCGGAAACUGGGCGCCCACGUGUAUAUUGACACGAGCAAGGAGGACCCGGUCGAAGCAUUGCAGAAGCUUGGGGGUGCGUCUCUGAUUGUGUCGACGGCACCCAGUCCGGACAUCAUCAAUCCGUUGAUUCAGGGGCUGGGGGUGUUGGGAAAGCUGUUGAUCUUGUCAAUUGUGGGCGGGAUUGAGGUUCAUUCUGGUUUGUUGGUCGGAAAAGGCAAAUCGAUUUGGAGCUGGCCCAGUGGUCAUGCCACGGAUUCAGAGGAGGCAAUCGCAUUUGCGGAACUUCAGGGAGUUGACUGCAUGGUGCAGGAAUUCCCACUGGAAAAGUGCAACGAGGCAUUUGCGGCGAUGAUGGAUGGAAGUGUGCGGUUCCGCGCAGUUCUCACAAUGGGCUAA